GCGGAACCGCCUCUUCCGUUCCCUUUUCAUCCAAGAUGGCGGGUGAUGAGUCUGGAACAACGCUCGGUCAGCCUCACUUGGCCAGACAGGACCUCAGCACUUUGGACGUGUCCACCCUCACGCCUUUGUCUCCAGAGAUCAUCAGCAGACAGGCCACCAUUAACAUCGGCACCAUCGGUCAUGUGGCCCACGGAAAGUCCACAGUAGUGAAGGCCAUCUCUGGUGUUCACACCGUCAGGUUCAAGAACGAGCUGGAGAGAAACAUCACCAUUAAGCUCGGCUAUGCUAACGCUAAGGUCUACAAGCUGGACGACCCCAGCUGUCCCAGGCCCGAGUGCUACAGGUCGUGUGGCAGCAGCACCCCGGAUGAGUUUCCCACAGACAUCCCUGGAACCAAAGGCUCCUUCAAACUGGUCAGACACGUGUCGUUUGUGGACUGUCCCGGCCACGACAUCCUUAUGGCCACCAUGUUGAACGGCGCCGCCGUCAUGGACGCUGCCCUCCUGCUCAUUGCGGGGAACGAGUCGUGUCCUCAGCCUCAGACCUCGGAGCAUCUGGCCGCCAUAGAGAUCAUGAAGCUGAAACACAUCCUGAUCCUCCAGAACAAGAUCGACCUGGUGAAGGAGAGCCAGGCCAAGGAGCAGUACGAGCAGAUCCUGGCCUUUGUUCAGGGCACAGUCGCAGAGGGAGCUCCCAUCAUUCCCAUCUCAGCGCAGCUGAAAUACAACAUCGAGGUGGUUUGUGAGUACAUCGUCAAAAAGAUCCCUGUCCCCGUCAGAGACUUCACCUCAGAGCCCAGACUCAUUGUCAUCAGGUCCUUCGACGUGAACAAACCGGGCUGCGAGGUGGACGACCUGAAGGGAGGCGUGGCGGGAGGCAGCAUCCUGAAGGGCGUGCUGAAGGUGGGUCAGGAGAUCGAGGUCCGCCCUGGAAUAGUGUCCAAAGACCAGGAGGGAAAGCUGAUGUGCAAACCCAUCUUCUCUAAGAUCGUGUCUCUGUUUGCUGAACACAAUGAUCUGCAGUACGCCGCACCAGGAGGCCUCAUCGGUGUGGGAACAAAGAUCGACCCCACGCUGUGCCGAGCAGACCGUAUGGUGGGUCAGGUCCUGGGAGCUGUCGGAGCGCUGCCAGAGAUCUUUACAGAGCUGGAGAUUUCCUAUUUCCUCCUCAGAAGGCUGCUGGGAGUCCGCACAGAGGGGGACAAAAAGGCUGCCAAGGUCCAGAAGCUCUCCAAGAACGAGGUGCUGAUGGUAAACAUCGGCUCGCUGUCGACGGGCGGGCGAGUCAGCGCCGUCAAGGCUGAUCUGGCCAAGAUCGUCCUCACCAACCCUGUGUGCACCGAGGUCGGAGAGAAGAUCGCGCUCAGUCGGCGUGUGGAGAAGCACUGGCGGCUGAUCGGCUGGGGGCAGAUCAGGAGAGGCGUGACCAUCACACCAACGGUGGACGACGACUGAGACACGUCAGCCGGACCGCUCCAACACCCCCACUCCUUUAGGAUUUGUUUUUUUUGUUUGUUUUUUUUGCAACUGGGACAUUUCACUGGUUUAAAGAUGCCUUCUAGAUCUCUGCUGGAGGAGGAGCUCCUAUGCAGCAGGAAUCCAGAUGAUGCAGAGGACUUCCUGCAUUGGCUUCAGAUUUAACAACCAAUAAAAUACAUUUGGAAGGAU